GAGCUCCUGUUUUUGACACUAACAUCAAUGACAAAACAGCCACUAUUUCGGUCAACACUUUUAUUCCGAUAGCCUGGCUCACUGCUGAAUCUGCCAGGACAUUUGAUUGCAACAAUCGAGUUUUUGAGCGGGGACAAGAUGCACUAUAACAGGAACUUCUCUCUAUUCAUACUGGUGGUCAUUCUGGAAGUGCAUUCUAGUGCGGGUAUCUACUGGCUAGGUCUCACGGUGAAUGGUAGUUCAGUGGGUUGGAAUCAGACGCAUCAUUGUAAGCUCCUUGACGGGUUAGCCCCGGACCAGCUGCAGCUCUGCCGACGGAACCUGGAGCUCAUGCACAGCAUCGUGCACGCUGCCAAACUGACUAAGAACGCCUGCCAGACAACCCUCAAAGACAUGCGGUGGAACUGCUCGUCAAUUGAGAGUGCACCUCAUUUCAAGCCAGACUUGGCAAAAGGUACCAGAGAGUCGGCGUUUGUGUUUGCCCUUGCCGCCGCUGUAGUGAGUCACUCCAUUGCAAAGGCUUGCGCUUCAGGAGAGCUCCCGAGUUGCACGUGUGCUCCUGCCCCAGCGGAGCAAGCGCCUCCCGACUUCCGAUGGGGAGGCUGCGGAGACAACAUUGGUUAUGGGCUGCAGAUGGGCUCCGCGUUCUCCGACGCGCCUAUGAAAAGUCGUAGGUCAGGUCCGCAAGCAUUCCGACUGAUGCAUCUACACAACAACGUGGUGGGCAGACAGGUAUUGGUAGAUGCUGUGGAAACAAAGUGCAAGUGUCAUGGCGUGUCUGGGUCAUGCUCUGUUAAAACCUGCUGGAAGGGGUUGCAUGACAUCGGACGCAUUGGAGAAGAUCUAAAGACCAAGUACCUUUCAGCUACAAAAGUCAUCCAUCGCCUUGUUGGCACACGCAAGCAACUAGUUCCCAAAGAGUUGCAUGUGCGACCAGUCCGAGAGGGUGAACUUGUCUACCUUGUCAGCUCACCUGACUAUUGUUUGGACAAUGCAAAACAUGGAUCCUAUGGCACACAAGACAGGGAGUGUAAUAAGACCUCGAGUGGCAGUGACAGUUGUGGCCUGAUGUGCUGUGGUAGAGGCUACAAUGCAUACACCGAGCGAGUGGUAGAGCGCUGCCACUGCAAGUACCACUGGUGCUGCUAUGUCUCCUGCAAACACUGUGAGCGCACAGUGGAAAGGUAUGUCUGCAAGUGAACACGGGAGUCGGGUGAAGAAAAACGAGAAGCGACAGAUGGACAAAGGAAGAGGUUACCAACUGGACCUGGACUACAAAGCACUGGGUGUACCCGCAUUGGGGGCUCUUUUCUUCAAGGGAAAGGCAUGCUUUUGUGGCUGCUUGUGACCAUAGCGACUCCUGGCAGAAACCAUAGUGAUGGUUUAUAGGCAACAGCGCUAUGCUCAGAAGACCCAAAUUCUGUUUACAUUUGGGUGAUGGAUGGAGGUCCCACAGGUCCCCGUUGAAUGGACAAGACUGUUUGGAGAGGGGGGGGGGGGGGACAAUUGGGAUGAAUAACAAAUAAAAGACUUUUCAGAAGUGGCACAGAUGGACAAGGCCUGAGUGACCGCUCUGAACAGACUGAUCCUUACUCAUUAACUCCUCUGCUGAGUAGAGUAACGAGGAGAUGCCAGAAGCCACUUUGCGGCGAAUAUGAAUGGAAUGGUGCAAGGAGAGAAAACGAUUCAUGGUUAACUUGCUUACUGUUUAACCUAAAUCAAAAUGCUCUCUAUAGACUGUGAAUG